AGUGAUGGUCAGUGCUUUGUAGCAACUGGUCGUGCAUAAUAACAACAACGUAUUUUUUGCGUGAUUCAUUUGCUUAUCAGUAAAGUGUGUGCGGUAUUGAGCCGAUCGGCUCGGCCCGUGCAACCGGUUUGGGCGAGCGCCCGCGCGAUACGAUGAAUGAAUAUGCAUCAAGUGCAGAUAAUAUAAGUGAUUCAGAUUUAUUAAAUAAAUGUGAACAACAAUUAAAGGAGUUAGGGGAGGACAUGGGAAUUUCUGAGAGUGGAAAAAGUACAAUGGGAGAAAUUAGAUUGGCAGAAAAAAGGAAGGAACGAGAAGAUGAUUUUAUUACUGUAAAUAGGCGGUCUAAACAUUUCGUGAGGAGUGAUUCAUUGGAGAUAAGAGAGAUAACACACAGAGAAAGUGAUGAGGUUACAGAUAUAUCUAAUAAUGAAGUUUGUAUUACAUCUUUAGAAAAUCUACCUAAACCGAUAGCUAUGGCAAAAUUACUUCGCUCGGAAAACAUUAAAAAUAUCCUGAAAGUAAAAUACAAAGGUUAUAAUAAAGUGUUGAUCCUUUGCCAGCGAAAAGAAGAUGCAAGAAAACUAUUGAAUUGCGAAAAAUUAAAAGAUAUGGGACUACGCUGUCAACUAACACAAGAUAUGUCUGUCUCAUACGCAGUAGUGAAAGGAAUUGAUUUAGAACUAAGCGAAGAGGAACUUAUGAGUAUUUUCAACUCAAACGUAGAAAUAUUAUCAGUAAAAAGAUUGAAGCGCUUGAAUAUAGAAGGCAAGUGGGUGGACUGCGAAUCCGUUAGGAUUUGUUUUAAAAGUCAGAGAUUACCGGAAUACAUAUACGCAUAUGACUGUCGAUUCGCAGUUGAGGCUUACGUUUUUCCAGUAACACAAUGUUCAGGUUGCUGGCAGUUUGGUCACAUCGUGAAAUACUGUCCGUCUAAAACUAUACUUUGCCCAAAAUGCGGAGGAAAACACGAAAACUGUGAGACUAAAGAUUUCAAGUGUUUGAAUUGUAAGGGUAAUCAUUUUGUAUUAGAUAAAACGUGCCCUGCAUUCGUUAAAGAAAAAACUAUAAGGAAAAUCAUGAGUGAAGAGCAAAUAACGUACAGAAGAGCUUUACAACGUUAUCUGGAAAAAAAAGAAAAAAACAGAACAGAGAUCCCUCAUGGAGAAACUGUCUCAUAUAUGACAAACAGCGUUGAAUUUUCUGGUAAAGAAACCUAUAGUGCAGUACUGAAAAAAACUAGGCAUCAAGAACCAAUACAGAUACAGGAAGAAAUCCAAGAAUCAGAUGAAAGUACUCCAGACAAAGUCACUAGGUUUAGACGGAAGACUACAAAGAAAACAAAAAGAAUAAAUCAAAGAAGAUCUGAACUACCAACGGAGCAAUUAGUAGAAGUUAUGGACGAGGAGAAACAUGCAUCACAGAAAGAAGAAGACAAAACCACGAAAAAGGAAAAACAACAUAAAUUACAUUUUGAAUGGAAAAAGAUGUGGCUGAAAUUAAAAUCUGUAUGUAUGUCUGAGCGUAAUUUUGAAGAAAAGCUGUUACAAAUGUUGAAAAUUAUUGGUGAGGAAAUUAAAUUUUUUUUAGUCAAUAUUCUAUUUGGAGAAGAUGUAGCUGGUUUUUUAAAUUAUUUAAACAAUGGAUAGUCGACAAAAAAAAG